AUGUCGAAGGUGUUCCAAGCACUCCGACGAGUGACCAACCUCUCGAGAUGCCCGCAGUGUAACCUAAAGAGCACAAGAGCCCUCUCGACUAGGGAUCUCAGCCGAUUCCAAGAGGGCGACAGAUUCCUCCUCAACAAGAAAAAACUGUCAAAACCAUUAACCCAAAAUGGCCAACAUGGUCUCGACGUUGGAUCUAUUCCGCACAAGGAUAUCAUAGGGAGAGAAGUCUCCACGCCGUUUUUCGUUCGUACAGAUCGAGGAAAGCUGUUCCGCAUAGAGCAACCUUCUCUCGAGCAGUAUAUUGCCCUAACGCCGAGAGUGGUCACCCCGAUCUAUUCAUCCUACGCUGAGACCAUCCUCUCCCUCCUCGACAUCCACGCGCCACCGUUCUACGAGGGUGACAAUGCCAAAGAGACCACGGCACCAAGUCUAGAAAUCCUCGAUUCGGGUACAGGUCACGGCGCCCUCACCUUACACAUCGCAAGAGCCAUUGCAAGGGCCAAUCCCCCACCACUGAGGCUCCAAAUCCCCACCCGAUCCAAAAUAAUCGAGAGCCAGAAGAUAGAUGACACGGAAUAUGACGAGAGCCAUCAAGCGGCGCAAGCCUGGGCCGCAUGGAAACAAUCCCGGCGUGCAGUAGUGCACAGCGUUGAAGACAAUUUUGCGACGGGCCGACACGCCGAGAAGAUCGUGGCCGGGUUCCGUCAAGGCAUGUACUGGCCGCACGUCGACUUCCACAAUGCCCAGGUCGGCCAAUGGGUUCAAUCGCAGCUGGCGGAGAGAGGAGGUGAGUCGUUCCUGAGCCACGCCUUCCUGGACUUGCCGAGCGUGCAGUACAGACUACAUGAUUGCUUCGCUGCGAUGCGUGACGGCGCCAAAGCCCUCGUCUUCGUGCCCUCGAUCACACAAGUUUGCGACUGUGUGAAGAUGGUUAAGAACAGCCGUCUGCCUCUGUCGGUGGAGAACGUCGUGGAGCUCGGCGAGGGCAUCAGCACAGGUAGAAAAUGGGACGUGAGGGCAGUCACACCGAGGAAAUCAUUAACUUCGCCGAAGGGGCAGCGUGUCGUUGGCCCUGCGGAGGAGACUGAUGCAGGACGUGUGCAGGACACGGAUGUGUCAGAUGGAUCUUAUACGAGAUCGACUAUCAUCGAGAUCACCCCCGACGAGGACACCACCCCGACAGAUGCAGAAAUCCAAGGCUCAUCAGAAACAGGCCACAACACGAGCGAUGACUCGACGGCUAUGGGUUCAACACGGUCAGCUUCCUCUGAAAGUUCUCAGGGUACAGUGAUGAUCUGCCGGCCUAUGGUCGGCGAAGUCACCACUGGGGGCGGUUUCGUCGCCGUCUUCAGGAAGAUGUCGACCGAGGAGUGGGCCUUGCAGAUCGAAUGGAGGCAGACUCGAACAGGUGCUGCAAAGAAGUUCUACCGGGCUUAG